CUGACUAGUAUUACAUGGCGCCAACUCACUCGGAGGUUAAGUUCCUCGAUGACUGCAGCGACGACGACCUGCUUGGUAUGGACCUCGCCGACGUCAUCUCCCUCGACAAACUUGACUUCUCCGACAAUGGCCCCGGCAGCAACAGCACAUGCUCCGUGGACAAGACCUUCUCUAAAGAUAAUGACAUUGACGUUGACAAUGCCGUCAUCUUAGACCACGACAACGGCAAAGGAUGCAAUGCUUAUGAUGUUUUUGUUAUCCCCUCCGACGAUGAGGAGUCUUCUGCUGACGACAACACCGCAGACUCCAAUAGUGGCACAAAUGCAGUAAGCAAGAUGAAGCGGGGGUCGAGGAAGCCGUACAACUACUGGCACUCCGACGAUGAGUUUCGGAUAAUUGAAGCCGAUGGAAUGCUCCGGAAGAAAAGGAAAUACAGAGGCAAGAAGGUACCGGCGUCAGCACUCAUACGGGAAUUGAAGAAGAGCCCGUUACCCAUCAUCUACCGUGGCAAAUUUAGUGAGUCCAGGGUCCGUCGGAAGCGGGAACAUUUGAUGGAGAACUUUCGCAAGGCGGUACAGAUGGGCGACAAAUACAAGCCAAUCAACACGCACCAUGAAGAACUCUAUAACCGUUGCACAGUGGCGUGGCCACAUAUUAUUGAAGAAGCAGCCGGUACCGUACACAAACAGAGAUAAUAUAGAUAUAGUUUAUAUAUGCAUGCCACGGACGUUUUUACAUUUUUAGUUUGAGACUGAACCUUUUUACUUUGAGUUUUUUUUUGGCGUGUUGGAGAGAUGGCUGCAUACGCAUUCCUAGGUAUCCAGCAUGUACAGAAUGUGUAUCCAGUAUGAUGAUGGGUUCCCAGCUCUUGUUCUGACCCAUGUUAUUUUAUUUUGUUUCUUGAUGAUGACAUGAGAGUUGUUAUCGUUUC